UCAACGAGUUCAAGAAGUUUUGCAGUAAUCAAAACCCUUUCAAAAUGUUCAAGCUGUUCGUUUUCCUCGCCUUUUGCCUGGCUUUGAGCUGUGCCGCUCCCGGUUUGCUGCACUCGUCGCCCAUCCUGACCAGCUCGUACCACAGUCUGCCCUCGGUGCGAGUGAUCCAGCCCAUCUGGACCACCUCGCACAGCGUUGUGCACCCCAUCAGCUACGGUGGCUAUGGGCAUGGUCAUGGAUACGGUUAUGCCCAUGGUCAUGGCCAUGGUCAUGGCUGGAUCUAGGAGAACUCGCCUCACAAAUGGGCAUCCUCAAGCAGCCGACAGAGCAACUGUCGCCCGCAGCUAUUCCCUGGAGUUUAGCCACUUCUUUGACGGACAUGCCUCGAAUAAAGUUCUGAAAUUGGUUUGAAAUUUA